AUGCAGAUCCAGACAGCAAUGGAUGCGAUGAUGUGUAGGGGAUUUUCUAUCACCCUUAUAGGAUCCGCUUGGAGUUGGUACCGUCAGCUCAAACCCAAUUCCAUCGGUUCCUUUACAGAGUUAAGCCGACUAUUCCUUACCCAGUUUAUAAGUGGUAAGAGAAGUCGAAAACCCAACAGUUACCUGCUCACCAUCAGACAAGGGCUAAAAGAGUCGCUAAAGGACUACAUUGCUCGCUUCAAUGAGGAAGCAUUACAGGUAGAAGAUUACGAUGACAAAAUGGCGCUCGCUGCAGUGUUCUAUGGUCUGAAAGAAGAAAGGUUCACUUUCUCCAUUGGGAAGAACCCUCCGAAGACGUUAGCGGACUUCAUCGCAAAAGCCUAA